AAAGAUUAAAGUUGAUCAAACGGCAUAGAUGGGAUAAAGGAUAAGGAUGAAGAAGCACCAGAUCACUCCAUCUCACUCUCCUUAUCCUGCGCCACUCUCUCUCCACUCCACUCUACUCUCUUAUGGCCGAUGACUUCAACCCAUUCCAACCCCCAAUCACCGCCGCCUCAACCGCCACAAUUCCACCACCCACCACCGCUACACCACCCCCACAGCUCACGGCACCUCCAUCCUCCUUCGACAACCCAGGGCCAUCUUUGGCCCCUAAACGACAACGCCGCCCCAGUGUCCGAUUGGGUGAGAUUGGCGACCAACCAGCUGCCACACUCUCCUACGACUCUCACGUUCGGAGGGCCAAGCACCCAUGGAGGUUCUCCAGAGACUCUUCCGCUGUUGCGGCUACGUCUAAGUCAGUAAAGGCCCGGUCUUUAACAAACCUCGUCAACGGCGGUGAUUCCCAAGAAAUUGCGGAGGCGGAAGAUAGGAAUCAGAACGGAGACGCUCUUAAUUUCGAAUUGGGGAUCCGAAGAGUGAAGUCAAAGCGAGCAACGGCGGUUAAAAGGGUCCGAUCGAAUUGGGUUUCGAAUUCGAAUUCUAAGCAACUGGACGAUGGGGCGGAUAGUAGGGAGGAAUUGGGGGAAGAAGGGUUUAGGGAUUUCGAUCCUGAAUUGGAUAGUCCAAUGAGGGAGCAGAGCCCAGUUCAGUCGUUGGAUAACGCGGGCGUGGAUACGUGGAAUGAUAGUUUGCCGGAGGCUAGUUGUGGUGGAGUGAGGUCUUGGUUGAUAGAGUUGGGUUUGAGUAGGUAUGCGCCGGUGUUCGAGAUACACGAGGUAGACGACGACGUUUUGCCCAUGUUGACUUUGGAGGAUCUUAAGGAUAUGGGAAUCAACGCCGUUGGUUCCAGGCGGAAAAUGUACUCUGCAAUUCAGAAGCUUGGUAAGGGAUUUUCAUGAGUUUCAAUCCCUUUUUUUGGUCAAUUAUAAAUAUUUAUUUACUAAAAUAGUUAAGUUUAACUCGAUCAUCAUCACCAUCAUCAUAGGAUUAAAAAAAAAAAGAACUUGACCACUAUAAGUUAUCGGCCUUAGCUGUGAAAAAUGUUACUAAAAGAAAAAAAAAAUUCUGGUCUGAGAAGUUUUUUUUUCUGUUUUCUCUUUACUUACUUCUCUUACAAUAAAACUAAUCACUAUGUUUGAUUUGAAUUAAAGUACUCUUCUCUCGAA